UGACUCCGCCCAGCCGCGCCCUCCGGGUAGGUGCGCCUGCGCUUUGGGAGGCUCCUGGCUAGGGAGGCGGCCUUGGCUGACUUGACCGUCUUCCUUGAGGCCUGCGGGGUAAUGGUGGCUGUCCUUGGCCCCGCUCUGGGAUGUGGUUUUGCACGGCUGGUGUUGGCGCCAUUCUCGCCCACGUGCUCCUGCUCUUCCAGGGCGUCCUUGGCUGUUUCUCCUGCCGCGGCGCCGCAGCGCUCCCAGGCCGCCCCCGCGAUGACAAACCACUGGCAGCCAGGCUCCCAGCUCUGUUACGUGCCCGGGGACGGAAGGGCUUCCUGAUGUCUCCCGGCACCGCCACUUCCCCCGCCCCAGGGGCGGGCUGCCGCCGCCCUCUGCGGCUGAAUCCGUGCAGUUCCUCACCUGCCUUCUCUGCUCACCGCUGUGUCCUUAGCAAUCGGAGGACCCUUGUUACACCUUCAUUCAGCUAAUUGCUGUCUUGAUUUGAAUCCAGAUUCUACAAUGUACUAGCUCCGAAACCUCAGGCAAGUUAAAUGUUUUUGUGCUUCAUUUUCCUAAUCCACAAAGUGGCAAUGGAAGAAUUUAUCUCUUUAGCUUUUGUCUUGAGGAUUAAAACCGUUAAUACUUAGAGCUGUGCCUGGUAAAUGGUAAGCCUUUAUAUUAAGAUCUGGACCUAAUCUCCACUUUGAAGUCUAUGACAUAAGGCAGAUGUAGGCAUUCUAUAAGUGACACCAACAUAAAGGUAUGUGGUAAA